AUGGGUUACAAGAGUACUUUGCCCUAUGGUACUCCAAUGCUGACACAGGAACACAAGGAUGCACGUGUUCAAUGGGCAAUCCAACACAAAGAUGAUGAUUGGAGUCGGACUAUAUUUACUGAUGAAACUUGCUGCCAGUUGUUUCGUAAUACCAUUCGUAGAUGGUCACGAAAUCCAAGUGCUGAAGUCAAACGAAUUCCAAAAAACAAGCAGAAGAUUAUGGUAUGGGGAGGCAUCAGCAUCAAGGGCCUCAUUGGUUAUCAUUCGUUUGAAACAAUUAUGGAUGGCUCCUACUACGUUCAAAUUCUUCCAGAUCAUCUCAUUUCUAAUGCAAGAAAGCAAUUUGGUCGACGAUGGCGACUGCAACAGGACAAUGAUCCUAAACAUAAAAGUCGAGUGGCUCAGCAAUUCUUAUCUAGUGAAGCACCAGAAGUAAUUGACUGGCCUUCAAAUAGUCCCGAUGCAAAUCCAGCGGAGAAUUUAUGA